CUAUCAUCUAAUCUUUAUUAUUCUAUCUUUAUCUUUAUUGUUCUAUCUUUAUCAAUUAGUUGGAUUAGGAUAUUAUAAAUAAGAGUAUUCUCAUUAGAGGAAGGGGUAGAGAAGAAUUAGAAAUUGUAAAGGGUUUUCCCUUGGAAGAAGGUUUCCUUCUUGAAUAAAUUCAGUUUGCUCCCAGUAUUUUCCGUAUAUUCUUCUAUUUUCUGUUCCUCUUGUUUCCUCUGCUGUUAGGGAUAUUCAAUACCCUAACAAGUUUCCAGCAUAUGUGCAUCCAUGUCCAUUAUUAAUAUAUUAAUAUGUUAUUUUAAGUUUUAAAGUAAUUUUUUUCUUGUACAGGAUAAUCUGUCUUUUCCACUUAUAUGUCCAGAUUGGAAUGCGGAUGAAGAGAUGUUACUUCUAGAGGAUUUGUCUCAUGUUAUGGGAAAGAGCAAAGAGGAACUCUUUGCAAUGAUGACGGGGCAUGAAGCCAAGAAAGAAUUUUCUCUAACUACAGAGCUUACUCUGAAAGAAGAACCUCCCUUUGCUGAUGGAAUAAACUAUGAAGAAUCAAAGAAGGAAGAAAUCAAUAAUCAAACCAUGUCUAGGUUAACCUCAGCAUGUGGCAAAGCUUACUCGAGUACAGUUAAGAAGGCUUCCAGCGUGAUCCAAAAUAAUGGAGUUAAGGUGGAAGAUCGGAACAUUGGACAGAAGAAACUUAAAUUAUCAGGGGAAGAUAGGCCUUCUAUGACAGAUUUGAGUGGAUACAGUUUUAAGCAAGAGGAAUUUGAUGUUGAAUACGACAAUGAUGCAGAGCAAGUGUUGGCUGUUAUGGAAUUUAAGGACACUGAUACUGAAGCUGAAUAUGAAAUGAAACUGCAGGUGCUCCAUAUCUACUCAAAAAGGUAUGAGCACCUUAUUUUUUUGUUAAAGAAAGAAAGCUUCUCAUUCUUCCGGAAGAAAUUAACCAUUUAGAAAUGCUCUUGGAAGAAAUUAUAGUUGUAAAUUUUGUGUAAUUAUUAAAUUAGUCAUAUAUUGUACCUUUGUCUUCUAUCAUAAUAAAUUCUUUGCUUA